AUGUCGAUAAACACAUCAGGAUCCGGCAACUGGCCAGACCCACCCGAACAGUCAAGCAGCCGCGGCGCAGAGCAGUCCAACAACGACGAUGCUUCGGGAUACGACGUCCUGAACAAUACAGUGCGAGAUUCUCCUGCAACUGCAGCAGAACCAUUAAGUGAACCGUCUGUGAUACGACUUGUGCAAUUAGUUUUACUCCGUCUGACCAUUAUUAGUAGAAUCUCGUUCAAACGCAAGCAAAAAUCUCCGGUUCGAUUCGGUCUAUACAAUCCAUUUUCUUGGAAUAGUCCUCCAGCUGCCCGUUCUCCUUCCCGCCCAGGAUCAAGUCAAAAUGCCAAUGAAGAGGCCCUACGCGACAUUCCUGCGUCGAGCCCUCCCGGAUCGAGGCAAAACGGGGUCGAUGCAGGCAAUAAAGUUGGAGGCCCGUUGGAUUGGUAUAUCGAAGGCCCAGGGCGAAGAGUAGGAUACGACAACCUUACUGCGAUAGAUUGGAUAUUUGAGUAUACAAAGGAGCGCCAGAGGAUACGACACCUUCGCUCUGGUGGCAAAGGCGUUCUGGCGCAUCUUCGGCAACUAUUAGAUGCUGGUCAUGUGUGGGCAGUCUUGAUCGCCACUGGAAUCGUGGUAGGCGUCCUGGCAGCCUGUAUAGAUAUUGCGAGCAGUUGGCUUGGAGAUCUUAAAGUUGGUUUUUGUCGAAGCGGAGAAGAAGGGGGACGAUUUUACCUCAAUAAAAGCUUCUGCUGCUGGGGCUAUGAAGGUCAGGACAUCCAGAUGGAACUGAGGCCCAUUCUAUUCGCAGGAAUCGCAAGCUUCCUUGUCACGUCCUACGCAAUCCAUGCCAAACACAGCGGGAUUCCGGAAAUUAAAACCGUCCUUGGUGGUUUCGUCAUUGAAAACUUUAUGGGACUAUGGACAUUGAUGAUCAAGUCACUUGGCUUGUGUCUCUCAGUGGCUUCCGGAAUGUGGCUCGGAAAAGAAGGCCCAUUAGUGCAUGUUGCAUGCUGCUGUGCGAACAUCAUCAUGAAGCCGUUGGAUAGCUUAAACCAUAAUGAAGCCAGGAAACGCGAAGUCCUCUCGGCCGCCGCUGCAGCAGGCAUUUCAGUUGCAUUUGGGUCUCCCAUCGGGGGAGUCCUGUUUAGUUUAGAGCAACUAUCAUACUACUUUCCGGACAAAACGAUGUGGCAAAGUUUUGUUUGUGCCAUGGUGGCUGCUGUGACGCUCCAUGCCUUUGACCCCUUCCGAACGGGAAAAAUCGUCCUUUACCAGGUUGAGCAUUCUCAAGGCUUCCAUCGCUUCGAGAUAUUCCCAUUUAUCUUCCUUGGAAUAUUGGGCGGCCUUUACGGAGGCCUUUUUAUAAAGCUCAACAUGAGAGUUGCCAGAUGGCGCAAGUCUCGCAGAGUUUCCUUCCCGGUGUUGGAAGUCCUAAUAGUUGCUUUAAUCACUGCAGUCGUCAAUUUCCCAAAUAUACUAAUGCGGGUGCAAUUAUCCGAGUUAGUCUAUUACCUCUUUGCGGAUUGUAAGGAGAUUCCUAAUAACCCACUCGGCCUUUGCAAAACUGGAGUUUCUUCCCUGGGCGUGGUUGGAUUGCUCCUUUCAGCCGCAGCGCUUGGAUUCUUUCUCGCAAUCUUUACCUUUGGCCUCGAUAUCCCUGCCGGGAUUAUUCUACCCUCUUUAGCAAUCGGUGCACUUUACGGUCGAGCAGUCGGAAUCGUCUUCGAUGUCUGGCAAAAAAAGCACCCGAAGUUCUUUCUUUUCGCAAAUUGCGAACCAGAUGUCCCCUGUGUUACUCCAGGGAUGUAUGCAAUCAUUGGUGCCGCUUCCGCCCUUGGUGGUGCUACGAGGAUGACAGUCUCGAUCGUCGUCAUUAUGUUCGAAUUAACCGGUGCUUUGAACUACGCGAUCCCGAUAAUGAUCGCUGUCAUGCUGUCUAAGUGGUGCGGCGACACAUUUGGAAAACGAGGUGUCUAUGAAUCCUGGAUCCAUUUGAACGACUACCCGUUCCUUGACCAAAAGGAUGACACUCCGCCACCGGAUAUUCCCGUAAGCCAGGUUAUGACCAAUGUCAACGACCUUACAUUGAUCACAGCUGUGGGGCACACUAUUGAAUCACUUACAAAUCUCCUAAAAACGACAUCCUAUCGCGGGUAUCCUGUAGUCUCGGACACCGCCAACCCCCUCUUACUCGGCUAUAUUUCUCGUAACGAACUCUCCUACGCUUUGAAAACAGCGACCUCACGGACCUCGCAUAAUCUAACCCCUGAAACGCAAGCAUAUUUCUCUCACCAGCCAUUCGCUGAUCCUCUUGAGACCCUUGAUCUCCGACCUUGGAUGGAUCAAACUCCUAUUACGAUGAAUAGCCGUGCAAGUUUCCAAAUCGUUUUAGAUAUGUUUCAAAGGCUCGGCCUACGAUACGUCCUAUUUGUGAAUAGAGGAGUUUUAGAAGGAUUUUUAACGAAAAAGGAUAUAUGGUACAUCCUCGAAGGAGUCAGGAAUCGGAGGAAUGAAGGAUUUGAAGAUGUGGUGCUGGGGGAGGGGCAAACGGAAGAGCAGCAGGGGUUGCUGCAUGCUUCGGCUGACCAUCUUCCCGAGUACAGCCACAUUGAGAGAAGAACUUCGUUGUAA